AUGCCUCAUGGGGAAUUCGACGUGAAGGCCACAGCCAAGGUGGUUACCUUCUCAUGUCUCAUGCUUGCUCCGAAAGAAAUCCUGGAUGGUGAAACCACAAACUACAUCAUUUUGGAUUGGAGAAGUUUUCGUUUGCCCAGGGUGUCCCGAAGCUCUUUGAACGCUGAAUCUCAAGCAUGCGCAGCUGCUAUGGAUAGUUUGGAAUACACCCGAACACUGAUCCAAGGAUGUCUCAAUGCUGACUACACUCUGCAAUCUCCAGGUGAAUGGGUGAUCAGCAAAACAGCUUUGGUGGUUGAUGCAAAAGCUCUGUAUGAUUCAAUUCGUGCAGAAGUUCCCCAGCUUUCAGGUGACAAACGAACCAAGAUUGAGGUGAUGAUUGUGAAAGAAAAGAUGCAAGAGUGCCAAACACUUUUGCGAUGGGUUUCAAGUGAAGCACAGUAUGCUGAUGGCAUGACCAAACCCUCAGCACGUCAGUUGCUCACUGACCGCCUUAGAACUCACAUGUUCAAAUUGCAAGCGGAUGAAGAUUUUGUUGCUGCAAAGAAGAAAACUCAACAGCAACGAGAAGCAAAUGCCCGCAAGUUUGCCCUCUCAAAAGCUGCUAGCAAGAUAGGUGGUUUAGCUCAUUUGAUUUUCAUUUCUCACAUCAUGCCGGUCACUGGUUUUUCCUCUGAUGAAGCCUCAUGGUCCGAUGAUGCAAUGAACCAAAGCGCGUGGCCUUCCACCUUGCCAAGCGCAACCAAGAGCGUCCAAUGCGAGAUCGAGUACGAGGAGAUGUCUCACAUGUCCUACCAGCUACACCUUGAACAAGAAGACAAGGCAAGACUGGAAGACAGCUUCAAAAGGGAGAUUGAAACACUGGAAAGCUAUGCACAGGUGAUGAAAGAUACAAGCGACACAAACAAGGAGGAUGCCGACAAGUUCUUAAGUGAACUCAAAACUCUCAAAGUACGACUUCAAGACGUUGAACAAACCUUGACGGCAAAGAUUCAAGAAGUGAUUGAACUGGAACGACAGAUUUACCAGGUUCAAGAUUCUUUGGAUCGAGCAAACCAAGCAAAUGCAAACAUGCGCGAGCUCCACGACCACGAGAUCGAGUUCCGCAGAGAGGUCUACGCCCUCAACAAGGCACAUCGCUUCCACCUCUUCGAUGACUGCGACACACUGAUGCAUGCACGACCCAUCACUAUGUAUGUCUGCAAGGAAUGUGAAGAAAGACGUGAGAAGGAAGUUGCCGAGAUGGAUCAGUAUCAGCACGGUUGGCGCUGA